AUGCCAUCCUGGCAGACACAAACCGAAGCACUUCCCACCCAACAUGCUGGUACUGAAAUAUUUGACAUGUGCUGGAAUUUCGAGGAUGAUCCAAUGCCGACGGUGGAAAGACCGAAUAAAACUCCAUCAGCUGAACCGCACAUGCGAAGCCAAGCGUUUGACAUGUGUUGGGACACUGAGGUAACUCCGGCGCCGACCGAUCCGGCGGAAGCGGCCAUACCACUGAAAGCAGGUGAAUAUGAUCUAUGUUGGAAUGGCGAGGAAGGUCUACCGACGAUCGAUUUGGCGCCGAUCCUCCAGCCGGACACCGGAGAAAAUGAGACCAUCGAUGUUACGGACACCAGAAAGAAUAAGACCAUGGAUAUCACAAUACCCGGCGGAGCCGGUCAAUACGAUAUGUGUUGGAAUGACUGUGCAUCUGCAGAAGCAGUGGGAUAUAUAGGCGAUUUUGACAUGUGCUGGGGCGUUUCACCAAUGGCAGGAGAUGAUCACGUUGAAAGUGGUUUGAUUGCUGCACCGGUGAUUGACUUGGUCAACGCAGCGGACACUCAGGCAUCAUAUGACAUGUGUUUUGAAAAUAUAUCGCCGACCACAUCUCCAGCACCGAGUGAUGGCUCGCCAAGUCAGACAGUCGAGGCAGGCGAAGAAUUGCUGCGCCGAGCCAAUUUGAGGCUGGAAAAUAUUGAUGCUGCGAUGAGUAGGUCUAUGUGUCUUCUCAUCAUCGAACUCAUGUCAAGGAUCGCCAUGUUACAGGAGAUGACCGAGGGCAACAUUGCAGAGAUCUCUUGGAUGCCAACCAGGUCGGCAUAUCUCUUGGGCUUUUGUCGAAUUUGGGCGCCAAGCCUGUUGUCAAUCUUACUCCUUGUACUCCUGGCUGGUGCAUCAGAGAGCGAGCAAGCCGCCGAUCUGGUAGCCUUGGUCUUUUUGGGCGACCGGUCAUUCACCGCCGGUGACCUGUCUCUGGCGGCAAGUGAUUUCUUCGGCAACCAGUCAUUUACCGCGGGCGAGGGCAACCGGUCAUUCACCGCCGGUGACCUGUCUCUGGUGGCAAAUGAUUUCUUCGGCAACCCGUCAUUUACCGCGGGCGAUAUAUUCCUAGUUGCCUUGGUCUUCUUGGUCGACUAG